AUGACAAGUCUCGAAGAUAUUAAGAAAGAGACCGUGGAUCUUGAGAGGAUCCCGGUUGAUGAAGUGUUUCGCGAAUUGAAUUGUUCUAAAGAAGGUCUCACUAAUGAGGAAGGCCAGAAAAGGCUUACAGUUUUUGGUCCAAACAAAUUGGAAGAAAAAAGUGAAAGCAAGGUGCUCAAGUUCUUGGGUUUUAUGUGGAAUCCCCUCUCAUGGGUCAUGGAAGCUGCUGCUAUCAUGGCUAUUGCUUUGGCUAAUGGAGGGGGUCAACCACCAGACUGGCAAGAUUUUGUGGGAAUCAUGGUGUUGCUGAUUAUUAACUCAACCAUUAGUUUUAUAGAAGAAAACAACGCUGGAAAUGCCGCUCAAGCACUUAUGGCAGGUCUUGCUCCCAAAACCAAGGUUCUGAGAGAUGGAAGGUGGUCUGAGCAAGAGGCUGCUAUAUUGGUGCCGGGAGAUAUAAUCAGCAUCAAGUUAGGAGACAUCAUUCCAGCCGAUUGUCGUCUUUUGGACGGAGAUGCUCUUAAGAUUGAUCAAUCCGCACUCACCGGUGAGUCCUUGCCUGUUACAAAGAACCCUGGCGAUGAAGUCUACUCCGGCUCCACUGUAAAACAAGGAGAGCUCGAGGCUGUUGUAAUCGCCACUGGUGUGCACACCUUCUUCGGUAAGGCUGCUCAUUUGGUUGACAGCACUAACCAAGUUGGUCAUUUCCAAAAGGUGUUGACAGCCAUCGGUAACUUCUGCAUUUGCUCAAUUGCUUUGGGAAUGAUUAUCGAGAUUGUUGUCAUGUAUCCGAUUCAGCGCCGCAAGUAUAGAAACGGAAUUGACAAUCUUUUGGUUCUUCUCAUUGGAGGGAUUCCAAUUGCCAUGCCAACAGUUUUGUCAGUUACAAUGGCUAUUGGUUCACACAGGCUGUCAGAGCAAGGUGCUAUCACAAAGAGAAUGACCGCCAUCGAGGAAAUGGCUGGGAUGGAUGUUUUAUGUAGUGACAAAACCGGGACUCUAACAUUGAACAAGCUUACUGUGGACAAGAAUCUGGUUGAGGUAUUUGCAAGAGAUACCGAUAAGGACAUGGUUAUUUUGCUCGGAGCAAGAGCCUCUAGGGUGGAGAAUCAAGAUGCUAUUGAUGCUUGCAUUGUUGGAAUGUUGAGUGAUCCUAAAGAGGCUAGAGAUGGUCUUACAGAGGUGCAUUUCUUGCCCUUUAAUCCAGUAGACAAGCGUACCGCAAUAACAUACAUUGACACUGAUGGUAACUGGCACCGAGUAAGCAAAGGCGCACCAGAGCAGAUUAUUGAACUUUGCAAUCUUAGAGAAGAUGUGAAGAGGAAAGCUCUUUCCAUCAUUGAUAAAUUCGCUGACCGUGGUCUUCGUUCUCUUGCUGUUUGCAAACAAGAAGUACCAGAAAAGACCAAAGAGAGUUCAGGAGGACCAUGGACUUUCGUCGGUCUGUUGCCUCUCUUUGAUCCACCAAGGCAUGACAGUGCAGAAACCAUUAGACAGGCUCUCAAUCUUGGAGUAAAUGUUAAGAUGAUUACUGGUGAUCAGCUAGCUAUUGGCAAGGAAACCGGUCGCAGGCUCGGUAUGGGAAGUAACAUGUAUCCCUCAUCCUCCCUCCUUGGUGAACACAAGGAUGCCUCAAUUGCUUCCCUUCCCGUCGAUGAACUUAUUGAGAAAGCCGAUGGAUUUGCUGGUGUCUUCCCUGAACACAAAUAUGAGAUUGUAAAGAGACUUCAAGAUAGGAAACACAUUUGUGGAAUGACAGGAGAUGGUGUGAAUGAUGCACCUGCAUUGAAAAGAGCCGACAUUGGAAUUGCGGUGGCUGAUGCAACUGAUGCAGCUCGAGGUGCAUCCGACAUAGUCCUCACAGAGCCUGGUUUGAGUGUUAUUGUGAGUGCAGUCCUCACAAGCAGAGCUAUUUUCCAAAGAAUGAAGAACUACACGAUUUACGCAGUUUCAAUAACAAUCCGAAUCGUGCUUGGCUUUAUGCUCCUUGCUCUAAUUUGGAAGUUUGAUUUCUCUCCUUUUAUGGUUUUGAUCAUUGCCAUACUUAACGACGGCACAAUCAUGACUAUUUCAAAGGAUAGAGUGAAGCCAUCUCCUAUGCCAGAUUCAUGGAAGUUGAGGGAGAUUUUUGCCACUGGCGUCGUGCUUGGCGCCUACCUUGCUGUUAUGACUGUUGUCUUCUUUUGGCUUGCUCAUGCUUCUAAUUUCUUCACCGAAAAAUUCGGUGUAAGAUCUAUCCGAGACAGCCACGAGGAGCUCACAGCUGCUGUUUACCUUCAAGUUAGUAUCGUAAGUCAGGCUCUCAUCUUUGUUACACGAUCAAGAAGUUGGUCUUUCGUCGAACGUCCUGGAUUAUUACUUGUCGGUGCCUUUUUCAUCGCACAACUGAUUGCCACAUUGAUAGCUGUGUAUGCAAAUUGGGCGUUUGCGGAUAUGAAAGGAAUCGGAUGGGGUUGGGCAGGAGUCAUUUGGCUCUACAGCAUUGUUUUCUACAUCCCUUUGGAUAUCCUUAAGUUCUUCAUUCGAUAUGUCUUGAGCGGCAAGGCAUGGAAUAACAUUACUGAAAAUAGGACUGCUUUCACCUCAAAGAAAGAUUACGGAAAGGGGGCGAGAGAAGCACAAUGGGCGGCAGCUCAGCGCACGCUACACGGAUUGAACCCACCAGACUCAGAUCAAGUGCUGAAUGAAAGUAACAACUAUAGAGACCUAUCUGAACUUGCGGAACAAGCCAGGAAACGCGCUGAAAUCGCUAGGCUAAGGGAGCUACACACACUGAAGGGACAUGUUGAAUCUGUUGUGAAGCUGAAAGGACUUGACAUUGAGACAAUUCAACAACACUACACUGUUUGA